AUGUCAACUGCUAACAGCCCGACAAAUCAGGGAAGUGCAGGUGAGGAAGAAAAAGACACUUUUGUUACGCCCAAAAAACCCAGACGAGAAAUAAGUGAGUGCAACGGCGUGCGAAUCAAUAAAUUCUGGACUAAAAACCCAAAGGUUUGGUUCACUCAACUGGAGAGUGAAUUUGUAUUAAGUAGAAUUACAUCAGAUAUUACGAAAUACCAAACUGUAUUACGGCAUUUGAAUCACCAAAUAUUAGCAACAAUAACAGAUUUCCUAGACUACCCUCCAGCAGAGAACAGAUAUGAGGCAUUAAAGAAUUUAUUAAUUAAUCGUUUCUCUGAGUCGGUGACAAAGCAGACGCAGAAGCUGCUCACUGAUUUAGAAUUGAACAGAAGGAAGCCCUCGGAGCUCCUGAGGAAGAUGAAGCGACUUACUUCUGGCUCAGACGUUUCAGAAAGAAUAUUGCAGACGCUUUGGAAACAACGUCUACCACGAAGAGUCCAAGAGCUUUUAACAGUGACAGAAGGAAUGGAGAUAGAGAAGCAGGCGGAUUUUGCUGAUAGGCUCAUGGAGCAAAAUGAAUCUCAGAUCACUCAGAUCGCCACGGAGCCCAGAAAUGCGUACCUAUCGGGCAAUUUUUGA